AUGUAUUUAAUUUAUUUCCUCGACGAGCCGGAAACCGCAUUUACACUUAAAGAGUGGUAUCGUGUGCAAGAUGCCAAGAUCUACACAGAGAAUUUUCUUUUCCAGAAAACUGACCCAACAGGCUGCCAGCCCAACUCGGCUCAUCCUGCUCGAUUCUCGCCAGAUGACAAAUACUCUCGACAGAGCGUGACCAUAAAGAAAAGAUUGAUCCUUUUAACCCAAACACCAAAACCAGUGAUUGUUGAUUGGCAAUGCCAUCUGCGCAUUUUCAUUUCUGAAGACUAG